UUAAGCGAAAGCUUCUUCUAUUCCAUCCACAACUAUUUGAACCAUUUUGAGUCUGAAAUUGAGCUUUGUACUGUGGUGGUUACUUUGAUUUACUUCAUUACGCAGCAAAUGCCAGACUAUCUGGGUUCCGACCAACGUAAAACGAAAGAUCAGAAAGAUGAUGAUAAACCUAUUAAGGCUCUUGAUGAAGGCGAUAUAGCCUUGCUGAAAACAUACAGUUCGGCUGCAUACAGUAAAGAAAUAAAGCAGUGUGAGGAAGACAUACAGACCUAUAUGAAACGAGUAAAUGAGCUAACAGGACUUAAAGAGUCGGACACCGGCUUGGCUCCUCCUGCCCUUUGGGAUUUAGCUGCUGACAAAACCUGUUUAUCAAAUGAACAUCCACUGCAGGUCGCACGGUGUACGAAGAUAAUCAAUUCUGAUACCGAGGAACCGAAGUAUAUCAUUAAUGUCAAACAGUUUGCUAAAUUUGUUGUUGAUCUGGCUGAUACAGUAGCUCCAACUGACAUUGAAGAAGGAAUGCGUGUUGGAGUCGACCGCACAAAAUACCAGAUUCAUAUUCCUUUGCCUCCGAAAAUCGAUCCAAGCGUAACUAUGAUGCAAGUGGAGGACAAACCGGAUGUCACAUAUAGUGACGUUGGUGGGUGUAAAGAACAAAUCGAGAAGUUAAGGGAAGUCGUUGAACUACCACUACUCCAUCCUGAAAAAUUUGUCAAUCUUGGCAUCGAACCUCCUAAAGGUGUAUUACUUUUUGGUCCUCCUGGGACAGGUAAAACACUGUGUGCUCGAGCAGUUGCUAACCGUACCGAUGCCUGUUUUAUUCGCGUCAUUGGAUCUGAAUUAGUUCAGAAGUAUGUAGGUGAAGGUGCGCGCAUGGUUAGAGAGUUGUUCGAGUUGGCUAGAUCAAAAAAAGCAUGUAUCAUAUUUUUCGAUGAAAUAGAUGCUGUUGGUGGUGCCCGUUUUGAUGAUGGCCUGGGGGGUGAAAAUGAAGUUCAGAGAACUAUGCUUGAACUAAUUAAUCAGUUAGAUGGUUUUGAUCCAAGAGGAAACAUAAAAGUGUUAAUGGCCACUAACCGACCUGAUACUCUCGAUCCUGCUCUUGUUAGACCUGGCCGUUUGGAUCGAAAAGUUGAAUUUGGUCUGCCUGAUCUUGAAGGUCGAACUCAUAUAUUUAAAAUACAUGCUCGUUCUAUGUCUGUUGAGAAAGAUAUCCGUUACGAGCUUCUUGCUCGCCUUUGCCCUAAUAGUACUGGUGCAGAGAUUCGUAGCGUUUGUACUGAAGCUGGGAUGUAUGCUAUUAGAUCGAGACGAAAAAUGGCUACCGAGAAAGAUUUUUUGGAAGCUGUGAACAAAGUUAUCAAGUCAUAUGCUAAGUUCAGUGCAACUCCACGAUACAUGACGUACAACUAACUCAACAUCAUUUACUUUAAAUAAAUCCUAACUAUAAAUAAUUUCUCUUAUAUCUUUUCCUUUAAGUAUUUUAAGAGAAAAAUAAUCAUUUUUAAAUUUUUCAUUAUUAGGUGUUACAAUUUUACCGAAUAAGCACUUGUGGUAGAUGAUUUUCUAUUAUUGGCAGCUUGUCCGCUGAGUAAAGAACUGCAUUGCAAAUCGUUCGUCAUAAUCAAUGGGGAUGUGAUGUAAUGACCGAUAAGCUUAUUUCGAAAUAAAGUUGGUUUUGAGAUAAUUGAAGAGAAUCAUGAAUGAAUUAUAUGGUUACAGCUAAUUUAUAACUGGAAAUUUGGAAGUAAUAGCAACUGAUCGACAAUUAUCGAAACUAGAAAGGGGAUGGAAUCGGACCGUGUUUGCUUUUAUGCACAAGGUUUAGUCUUUCAUUUGACAGCGCAUCAGUUUGAAUAACAUUAGAAAAACUAACUGCUCAAAGAUACUUCUUCAUCUAACCAACUAAUGAGCCUUCAAAUCAGAAGUUACUAGUGCCUACCGUUUCCGAAAUAAGAUCAAAACCAGGAGAAUAUACUUUCACUUUGAAUAUGCUGUGGUAGCGCGGUCUAAGCAAUCUGUAAGGGAGAAGUAAUUUCAAUAUACCUCUCAAAAUGAGGACAACAAUGAAUCAUUGAUGUAAAAGUGACGGACAUAAAUAUAUAGUGGGUUUUCGAAAAUUUGAUGCAUCUGCAAAUUCGUCCAAACGUUUAUGGACCUAAUUUUUUAAAUUACCUAUGAUUCAUCCCAUUGUAUCAUCGGACUACUCAAUUGAGCUUGCUACCUCCACUUGACAAUAUGCCUUCUACAGACGGUCUUCGAAAAAAGCUGCCCUAGGUUUCCUUUUUUAGCUGUUGUCAAGUGGUGUCCAUGGUGUUUAAGUAGGUGUUCAAUUCCCUGCACUAGUAAUGUGGUGUGAUCUACUUAUAUCCAUAUAAGUAGUAUAUGGUGUUGGUCAGGCAUAGAAUGUAUUUUGGUAGAAGAUCGAUGAAGAAAGAACUGAAACAAAGCGCAAUCGUUAGGAAAAUGCACGAACAAUGGAAUUACAGAAGAAAGUAAAGAUUGAGUCUACUGGGUGUUAAUUUGUAAAUUAACUGUCCAUUGUAUGGUUUUCAGAAUUUACUGAGAUAGUCUGUAAUUUUUGCUUAAAUACAUUCGAUUGUCCACA